AUGAGCUCUUUGAGAAACAAGAAAGUCAUUGCUUGUGUUGGGGCCGGUUAUGUGGGAGGCCCAACUAGUGCCGUUUUAGCACUACAAGUCCCGGACAUUGAGGUUCAUGUCCUAGACAAGAGUGCUGAACGGGUUGAAGCAUGGAAGUCUGAUCUUUUACCCAUCAGUGAGCCUGGACUAUUCGAUGUAGUUCGAACAAUCCGGAGACGACCCAACCCUAACCUCUUCUUCUCCACCAACAUUGACGCUUUGAUACCUAAAGCCGACAUCAUCUUCAUCGCCGUUGAAACGCCUUCUCAGUCGGGAAGCAACGGGGGUGCCGGAGUAGCCCCUGACCUAAGAAAUUUCAGAGCUGCAGUCCAACAAAUAGGAUCUUUGAUCCGAAAAGACGCCAUCAUCGUCAACAAAAGCACUCUUCCUUGUGGAGCGGCCGAAAAGACGGCUCGAUUGCUUCACUCACGAGUACGCCCUGGAGUCAGAUGCCAGGUUCUCUCCAACCCAGAAUUCCUGGCAGAGGGCACUGCAGUGGAAAAUCUGCUUCGCCCGGACCGUGUCUUGAUAGGCUCCUUUUCUUCAAAUGACGGACUAGCUGCCGCUACCGCGCUGGGUGACAUAUACGCUCGGUGGGUGCCGCGAGAGCGCAUCGUCACCAUGAGCACCCGCUCCAGCGAACUGUCCAAGCUGGCCGCCAACAUGUUCCUGUCCCAGCGCAUCAGCAGCAUCAACGCUCUGAGCGUCAUAUGCGACAAUACGGGAGCCGACGUCACCGAGGUCGCGCGCGCUUGCGGCCUGGACUCGCGGAUCGGCCCCAAUAUGAUUCGCGCGUCGGUAGGCUUCGGCGGGAGCUGCUUCAAGAAAGACGUCCUCCAUCUUGCGCGUAUCGCCGAGGACCUCGCUCUCAACGAGGUGGCGUCGUAUUUUAGCAGCAUUAUUUCCUUGAACAGCUAUCAGACGGAACGGUACGCUAAACGCGUGCUUGAGCACUGUUCCAACGGCAAAGCGCCCAAGACCGUGGCGGUACUUGGUUUCGCUUUCAAGCCUAACACGGGCGACACUCGCGAGUCUCCCGCUAUCUCUUUCAUCCGAUUUCUACUUUUGAACGGCGUUUCCGUCCGAGUAUUCGAUCCUUUAGUCGAUGAGGUUAGUAUCAUUGGGGCUAUACGGACGUGUUUGCAGGGCCUGGCCUUCAUUACUGAUUCUCACCUGACCGCGAGCAAGGACGUGUAUUCAGCAUGUGAUGGCGCCAAUGCAGUGGCGAUACUGAACCCCUGGGCGGCUUUGCAACAUCAGGGAAAGCAGAAAAACCCAGAAAACCAAACCUCUGAGAGGGUACAAUGGGAUGAAAUCGCCCGGUCGAUGAAUGACCCUAAGCUUCUGUUUGAUGGCCACAACUUCCUUAAUACACAGGUGGCAUCACUCGGUUUCCGACUCGAAGGCGUUGGUCGAGGUUCACAAGCACGUUUAGUAGAUACUCGGCAACAGGUCAAGCAUGAUCUUACGCCCCGGGCACUGUUGUAG